AUGGGUGGCUUGUACUAUUCCGGCGUCUUCUCAGCUUUCAUCCUCAUCUCCGUCUUUUCCCUCCCAGCAGCGAAAGCGGCAUCAAGCUUCCAGCUUUUACCCGGCAAACCCCUACCUGACGGCGCCACUCUCGUCUCCUCCGGCGGCAUCUUUGAGCUCGGGUUCUUUUGUCCCGGCAACUCCGCCAAUCGCUACGUCGGUAUUUGGUACCACAACUUCUCCACCUCCACUGUACUCUGGGUUGCCAAUCGCAAGUCCCCUGUCCUUGACAGGUCGGGUUCGCUCGCCAUCGCUGAUGAUGGCAACCUGGUCGUGCUGGACGGCCAAAAAGCUGUCCUUUGGUCAUCAAAAGUUACCUCCUUGCAGUCGAAUAGAUCCACGGCGGAGCUGUUCGACAGUGGCAACCUUAUGCUCAACAACUCCGGCGUCAUGGCGUGGCAGAGCUUUGAUCACCCUUGCGAUACCUACCUCCCCGGCAUGAAGGUCGGACUCGACCUCAUCACCAAUGUGAACCAGGUGUUCACCUCAUGGCGCAGCGAGGACGACCCGGCGCCGGGGAACUUCUCCAUCGGCAUUGCCCCUGACCGGUCUACUCAGUUCUUUAUAUGGGAAGGCAACAAGCCUUGGUGGCGCUCCGGGAGGUGGAACGGACAGGUGUUCAUAGGAAUACAGAACAUGGUGCCGAACUACAUCUACGGGUUCAGGCUCAACAAUUUUCAACAAGAGAACAAGAUGUAUUUCUACUACUCGCAAUUCAACAGCUCUCACCGCUACGUUCUCACGCCGGACGGCGUCGAGCGUCAUCUCGUGUGGGCUAACGACAGCAAGAACUGGUAUCAGUACUGGGCGCAGCCAUUCAGUACCCAAUGCGAGAUUUACAACCGGUGCGGAAACAACGCGACUUGUACAGAUAGCCUCGAUGGAAACUCGCCGAAUUGUAGCUGUCUGAAAGGUUUCGAGUUUGUUGGUGGCAACUUGUCGGGUGGGUGCGUGAGGAGGACGCCGCUGUUAACCAAGUCCGGCAAUACAUCAUACCGUUAA